AUGUCCACCUCCAACCAGAUCCUCACCCGCUUCGCCUCCAACUACGACAUCCUCUCCGACAUCAUUAGCUUUCUCCCGAUAUCCGACCUCCCCGCCGUCCUGUGCACUUGUUCCCUCUUUUUCUCGGUUGCUGCUCCCGCCCUAUACCGCUCUAUCCCCAUUUCCCAUACCUGCAACCCCUUCAUCGUCGCAGACGAGGAAGAAGACAAGGAAGAAGACGAGGAAUUAUGGCACGAGACCACCAGCAUCCACCCCCUCUCCCACGUCGAACAAGUCACUAUCCAACCCCACCCCAACACCUUUGUAGACACAUUCGACUGA